AUGAAUGAAUAUGCACACAUUUUUGGUGCAGACAAUGGCUGGUGCCGGGCCCAUCCACUUCAAACAAAAGGACAAGCAGCUGAAGCGCUAUCUACCUUAUUCAACAGGGACAGCGUUCCACCGGCCUUGAUAGUUGAUGGAGCAAAGGAGUUUGUCAGUGGGGACUCUAAGAAACAUGUCCAACAAGCUGGAUGUGACUUCCGCACGACUGAACCUUAUUCACCAUGGCAAAACACUGCCAAAGGCACAAUCAGGGAGCUGAAGAAAGGCACUGCACGAGUCAUGCUCCAAACUGGGAUACCAAAGAGGCUAUGGGAUGAUUGUUUGCAACAUCGGGCCUACAUCCGAUCUCACAUCGCCCUUAACAUAUACAACUUGGAUGGGGAGGUGCCGGAGACUGUUAUGACUGGACAAACUGCAAAUAUUGGUCCAUGGUGUGAUUUCCAAUGGUAUCAAUGGGUAAAAUACUACGAGGAGACUGCAAGUUUCCCUGAUGAUAAGAUGUCCCUUGGGCGAUACUUGGGACCAAGUCCUGGAAUCGGGUCCCUCUUGACUGGAAAGAUACUAAAGCACAAUGGGAACUACCACCACACCUCCACCUUCAGAGCCCUAACAUCCAAAGAAAUGGCUGAUUACGCCAAGAAACGCCUAUGUAAUGAUUUCAAUACCAAUGUGAACGACAAGUUGGGUGACAAGGCAAAGCCUGAAGAUUUCAGUGAAGAUGACCUCACCCCUACAUAUGACCGUUAUGAGGAUGACUCUGGAGAAGGAUUGGAUCUAAUUGUUGGGAAUUCACGUGCGCGUGUAAGAACUAAUGAAGUACUGUUGGGACUAACAAAGUACUUGUGGAAAAUCCAGGUUUAUAUGGAUUAA